CGGUUAAGUUAUACUGAAAUCUCGUUCAGCUCAGGAAGAUGCUCUCUUAUCGCGUGUUUCUCGUCGUGGCCCUGCACUAUCAGCAGCUGCCGAGAGAAAGCAGCAAUAUUUCAGCAGACCGUUCAUGAUGAGUUAUGCAGAAAAGCCCGAAGAUAUUACCAAAGACGAGUGGAUGGACAAGCUGAACAACGUACACAUACAGAGAGCGGACAUGAACCGACUCAUCAUGAAUUACCUUGUCACAGAGGGAUUUAAGGAAGCAGCGGAGAAGUUCCGCAUGGAGUCCGGCAUUGAGCCCAGCGUGGACCUGGACUCGCUGGAUGAGCGGAUAAAGAUUCGGGAGAUGAUCCUGAAAGGCCAGAUCCAGGAGGCCAUUGCCCUCAUAAACAGCCUCCACCCAGAGCUGCUGGACACCAACCGCUACCUGUACUUUCACCUGCAGCAGCAGCACCUGAUUGAGCUGAUCCGGCUGCGGGAGACAGAGGCUGCGCUGGAGUUUGCGCAGACGCAGCUGGCGGAGCAGGGGGAGGAGAGCCGCGAGUGCCUGACUGAGAUGGAGCGCACGCUGGCUCUGCUGGCCUUCGACAACCCCGAGGACUCCCCCUUCGGAGACCUGCUCAACAUGAUGCAGAGGCAGAAGGUGUGGAGCGAGGUGAACCAGGCUGUUCUGGACUAUGAGAACAGAGAGUCCACCCCUAAACUGGCCAAGCUGCUGAAACUUUUACUCUGGGCACAGAAUGAAUUGGACCAGAAGAAAGUCAAAUACCCAAAAAUGACCGACCUGAGUAAGGGUACGAUUGAGGACUCCAAGUAAACCCCUGGCUCUCUUGUGCACUGUGGAGACACCAAGGACAUCUCAACGCUGACUUUCUAUUUAUAAUCAGUCAUUGACUGGACUAUAUAUAAAUAUAUAAAUUCUUUUCUUUUUUGUCCUUUUUUCAGAUGAGAGAACUUGCCUAAUCUGUUGUGCAAAAUUGUAUACUGUAUAAUUUUAAAGUGAUGACCUAGAUGUAAAAUGAAAAAAUAACAAAAAUAACUUAUACUUUGAGAGGAGUGGUUCCAAAAAACAUAAUUUCUUUACCAGGUUGGUCAAUAGUAUUCAUCUUUUUUCUCUCUUGGAUGUAGUGUUGCCUUUUUAAAAACAUAGUUACACUGGUUGAUUUAAAAGCCACUACAUUUUUACAUGGAGUGUACGGGUAGGUGAGUCUGCAUGUACAUAUAAUAUGGUAUGUUUGAAGCCUAAAUUAGGCUCUUUGGUAAGGGAUAUCGGGGUAGAUUCAUGUAACCAAUUUAAGGCUGGCUGGCUUUUUGAACCCUCAUUUGAAUUCAGUGACUUGUACUCUCACUACCUAAAAAUGUUCAUUAUCAUAUUGCAGUUCUUGAGAGGGCUGUGAAUAAUUCAGAAGAAAAAAAAAAUGUUUUGAAACGAAAACUGGGCCAUUCUGACAUAGCUUCAGGAAUCUACCUCGUUAUGUCUUUUAUGGUUCUAAUAUUCAGCCUUGUGUAGCUGGUCAGGUUGCCAUUUUGUGAUUGGCUGUUGGCUUUUGACCUGGCUACUAGGUUAAGACAGGCAAAGGGACAUGAGUGCUUUAAAGGUUGGGACAGAGGAGAGAUAACAUGAUCCGUUUGUUCAAACUGGAAUGCUUUCCAUUACUAAUUUUGGACUCUUGUAUUUUUUGUUACAAAGACCGUUAGGUGACUGUUUAUACUGUGUACAUGUGCAAAAAUCGUUGAUGCAUCACAAUAUUAUUAGGAUUUAUUUUAUAUUUUUUUAAUCUAGUCCAAGUUUUUCAUUUCAUGCUAGAAUUUGUUUAUCAGACAAUAAUGUGAUCAGAGAGCCUAUAAUCUGCAUCCCUGUUCGUAAUGAACAUUUUUUUUUCAGUCAGAUUUACAGAUAUGAAAUAAAUGAUUCUUUUGAAAAAAUAAA